AAAAAAAGAAAAAAGAAAAUUACUAACCACCAAGCUUUAAAUGGCGACGAGAGAGUCCCUUGAUAACCCCAGCAGCCACUCGUGCAGGUGUCAAUAGACACAACGGUAAAACACCAGCAAAAAAGACAAGCAGUAAACAAAGACUCUUUCCUCUAGUUCCUGUCUUCAGAGGUCGUGUGAGUGAGGAAGAAAGCGAGGUUUCCAGGCAGACGGCGGAAAGACGUGUUUGGGAGGAUGGCGCGAGGGCCGCACGGAGGAGGAGCGGAAAAAACGUGUUUAGAAGCGUGACACGGGGGUCGCUAAUGGGCGCUGGUCAUCAACAAACACACACUCACCUGCUCUCCACAGCCUAAGUUUUUUUUUCCUUUGGGCAACAGAAAGAAAUCCGUUGAUAAGUUCUGUAAAUUCUACCAAAAAUAUUAUUAUUUACAAGACGAAGUCACCAGUGGAAAAGCUGUCUGCAUAUUUAAAACAUAUUUGAAAAAGUCUUUGAUCGUGAAGAUGAGAUUACAAAACUCAGCCCCAUCCAGAACAAAACAAAACAACAAAACAAAAAACCUCACCAAAAAACCUCAAAGUGCUUCAUUAAAGACUGAAGAUCUUUUAAUGUUUUCGAUAAUUUGGAGCAAACGAAAACAGAAGGAUCACAUUUCUUCUGCACGUGGCCCUCACUGCAUCCAAAACACUCUCAAGGUAAUCCUCCCCUGCGUCUUACCUUACUUGAACUACUGUGUGCCAAAAGCAAAGCUCCCCUACCCCAGGUACAAAAGAGUAGGUCAAACAGGUGUAUUUGGCAUCGGUCAACUGCUGGGCAUGUGGCCUUAAACUGCAGACAUUCUUGUCUCUAGUCCACCAAAGACAUUUAAUUUCACAGCCAGCUGCGAAGAAUAUGGUGCUAGUAUUUGGUUGAGAUUAAUACGUUCGUUGUGAAAUAUUUCGAGAUUAAACCUUGGGAAGACGGUGGGAAAGUCGGUUGUGGGGUGAUGCGGGAGGGAGGGGGAAAUAGAACAACAAACCGUGAAUGGUCAGGAGAGGGCAGGAGGUUGGAGAAGGGGAAAGGCGGGAGUUACUCACAAGCCUCGUCAGCUCAUCAGCCAACAAAUAGCAGGGUCAGGAUCAACAAAGAGUGGGAGAUCAGUGGUGUCCUCGGCUGGCGGCCUUCCCAGAAGGCUUACAACAUUUUUGUUUGUCCACUUGUUCCAAGACCAAGUCUCCGGCAUAAAUACCGCUUCAUCGCCCAGUGCGGCCAGUCCAGUCCAGCAAGUGCCUGUUCGUGACUUGUUCCGAUCCCACUUUUGCAGGAGGCCGAGCAUCUUCCGAGGGUAGACGCCGACUAACCUUCAGCCUUGUUAAAAUUUUUUUGUGAAUUGAAGAGUGAGAAAAAGCGAGAAACAUUCAAAUCGAGACUACACCAGGUGCAGUAUAUCGAAUUCUCCGAUUCAGCUGUAGAGUUGCAGAAGUGAUUUUAUGCAAAGAAGUUCAAACAGGUCGUCAACAAUGUUGCUGCACCUCGCUGUCGGACUUCUGGUCGUCUCCUGCCAACUGGCACUGCACGUUGAGGCAGGAAAGAAGGUGUUCUGCUAUUACAGUAGUUUUGCUCAGAAUCGUCAGGGCAUCGGGAAAUUUCUACCCGAGGACAUCGACCCGUUUCUGUGUACCCACAUCAUUUUUGCCUUCGUUGACAUUCAUCAAAGCGGAACGGAACUGAUGGCGUUCAACCCUAACGACUUAGAUCACGGAGGUCUGUACCAACGCGCCAUUCAGCUGAAGGAGAAGAACCCGGCUCUGAAGGUGCUGUUGGCGGUGGGAGGCUGGCAGAUCGGUUCCAAGCCUUUCCUGCCCAUGAUCAGCGAUGAGGGAAACAUGCGCAUGUGGAUCAAAAAUGUUGUUUCCUACCUGCGCAAAUACAACUUCGACGGUUUUGACAUGGACUGGGAGUUUCCCGCUACACGAGGCAGUUCACCAGAGGAUAAGUACCGCUACACCAAACUGAUGAAGGGUCUGUACGAAGAAUUUGCACGGGAAGCAGAAGAGACUGGACGCGAGAAGUUGAUUCUCACCAUGGCAACCGCUGCAGGGACCUACUUCAUUGAUCGAUCCUACGAGCCCCGCAAACUUAUUGGUUACAUGGACUACAUGUUGCUGAUGACCUACAACUACCACGGCCAGUGGGAGAAGAGGACAGGUCAUCACACCGGUCUGUGGCGACACCGCAACGACCCCCCAGGCGAGCAGUCAGAACUCCACGUGGAGUGGUCCAUCGACUAUUGGCUAUCCCAAGGCGUGCCCAAGGAGAAACUGAUCGUGGGGCUGGCCACCUACGGCAUGUCCUACACCCUGGCCAACCCUGAAGUCCACGGAGUCCACGCUCCUGCCACUGGCGGCGGUCGCAUGGGACCUUACACCAAGGAGACCGGCAUUCUCUCUUACUAUGAGAUAUGCCAGAACAUCCAGAACAACGGGUGGAAAACGGCGUGGAAUGAAGAUCAAGGUGUGCCUUAUGCUUACGGUGGAGACCAAUGGGUGGGUUUCGACAACAUCGACAGCAUGAAAAUGAAGGCCGAACUUAUCAUGAAGCGGGACGUGGCUGGGGCUUUCGUCUGGUCAGUAGAAAUGGACGACUUUAGCGGGGUAUGCGGCGACGGCAAGUACCCACUCCUGUCGACUGUGGUUCGAAUCCUCAAGCCAUAUGAAGGAGUUGUGCAACUUGCACAAGCCGAGUCGAAGCUGCGGGUGUCGACAGACAAAGAAGUUUCGACUGUGAUGAUCACAGAUUCACCCAGGUCUCCAAUCACAGAUUCAACAACAAUUAGAAAAACAGAGUCUCAUACGUCCCAGAUGCCAGAAUUUGCUACGAAAACGGAUUCCACCAUCGGCAACCUUUUCUCCUCUCAAUCACCAUCACAUGCAAGCAGCAGAAUGGCCACUCAGUGGGCAAAACCAACAUGGCGCUCGCGAGACAUCGCCACGGAGGCCCCCUGGUGGAAGCGUUCUUCAUCUGAUGACGCACCCGUGACUCACCUGAACGCCAGACCCACCGGGAAGCCCAUCGAGGAAGAAUCACCGGAGACCACGACAGCUCCCAAACGAAGUCCCUGGGAAAACUCUGUCCACGACAAAAGUGAAGGCCAGCGGACAUGGAAACAGGAGUCGUCUGCUGGCGCCCAGAAUAAAGGAGGCAACACCAUCAACUGCGGAUUGCUAGGGUCAGGCCUCUUUCCCCACCCUACUGAGUGCGACAAAUUCGUCAUGUGCCUUCCGGGUGCGUGGAUGGACUACCCACCCCACAUCAUGUCUUGUCCAGCUGGCACAAAGUACGACAAGGCCAUCAAAGUGUGCAACCACGCCUCCGAAGUUGACUGUUCGGACUAGUCUCGUUCCUUUUCACCGCCUUCACCAUCCACCCCUAAUGACGUCAUCAUGUAGCUGCAUGAACUGUUAACGGAAUGACGCAACACAAAAGACAAUUCUUCGGCGUUCAGUUGUUUUUGUCGACGUACAAGUGAACCACCGGAAGUAGACUGUGCAGACUAAUCUCCCUUUUCAGGAGGACAAAUCACGUGGAAGUGAAAGAGACGAAAUGGAAGUCACCUGUUUUUCUCACCUGUCGGUUAAAUUAUAGAAGCAAAGUCCAAUCAAGCAAAGGAGAUUAGUCUGGGUGUUGAUGACAAGUCUUCAAACAUUCAGGGUUAGUUUGGGAGUGUGCAGGCUUAUGUAAAGUUCCUACGUUUGACGAAUGGAGAAACCACAACGGGUAACUUUACCGAAUAAGUCGUCAGACAAAACAGGGUUGAGUUAAUGGACAAUUUGUAGAACCAUUUUCUUUUGACAAAGAAAGUUCCAGUCAGUCCUAGCGUCAAAUACAAGUCUUCUUAGUGAUGGUUAGAGAUUUUUGAAAGCGAAGUUAUACCCACCUCAAAAAUUAGUGUAUGGCGUAUAUUUUUUUUUCAUUUAAUGGUUGGUGAGCUCAGCGUGAAAAUCUUUAUUCUAAUCUUUUGAGAUUACAAAAAGAUUUCCAUCCGUUACUGCAUUUAGUCUUGCAAAGUACUGCGAGUCAUUUUGAACUGUUUAGCAUACUUUGGUGAUUCUACAAAUAGUUCACAGCUCUCAUAGUUUGCCAGUGGUCAGUGCUGCAUUUCAAUAUUGUGGUGUUCCAUGUAAGUAAAUGUUUACAUAAUGUAAAAGUGUAAAUAGUGUGUACAUGGUGUUGCAGUCUUCAGUGAAUCGUAAAGAUUUACAGCACCUUAACACGAAAAGUAUUUUCUGUACAGCAGUGCUAAAGAAUGUAAAUAAAAUGUUUUGAACCUGA